AUGAAUCUUCAGCUGUCCCUGAUCAGACUUCUAGUCCCUCCACACGUACAACUGGCAAGAGUUCAAGAGGCGAUCCCCAGUUACCCAUCGUCUAUCUCACAUUCCCUGGACGAUUUUACCUACCCGUCGCCGGCGGAUACGGGCUCAAGUAUUGGGUCUCUCGCCCCUUUCACCUUUUCUCCUGCUACUAUCUCGCAGCCAAGCUCCUUCCUUCGCCACUCUGCAGAAAUCCCGGACCAGCCAUUGAGCCACUCAUCGCCCGAACAAGGCGACGGGGUUCCUCACUCGCAGUAUGCAUCCCCUGCCGAUGCCGGUAAUGCAUAUGUCCCUUACGAGUCAGGGAGCCCUUCAGACAUUCACGAGGCUAUAUCCCCUCAUACAAAAAACCCACAGCUCUUCGCAUUGCAUGGUGUAGGCCAAGGUGCCGAAACAAUGCCAACAGGCUUGGUUAGUAGUACGGAGGACUUCUUCAGCAAGAUCAUGAAUAGUCCCUUGUUAUCCGAAAGUCGUCUGCAGGUCUCACACCACGAGCCAGUGACCACUAGCCAUCUUCGAUUCAUGGGUAUGGACCAUGAACUCGAUGGUGGACUCUCUAGCGCAGAAAGGAAGUGGCAUGCCUAUCUCACUAGUGUAACAGAUAAUUAUGGCUUAGAUUGCGGUCGUCCAGAUCUGGAUUUGAACAGGAACGACGACCAUUCGGCUAUUGAUAUAAACUAUGCCCUGGACUUGAUCAACUCGCAAAUCGAAUCGUCCCUCACCUCUAAAGACCAUUCUGAGGAUCCUUCAACCCCGAGUCCAAAGCAGAAUAGCUUGGAUGGUACAAGAUACGCUUACUAUGCAUCGCCUGUACCUAUCAAUAUUCCGCGUUAUCUAUCGCCUUUGCCACCGACCUUGGUGCAAACGCCUAUCAAUUUGAUGUAUUUUCAUCAUUUUAUCAAUCAUACGGCUAGAAUGCUGGUUCCGCAUGACUGUGGGGAUAACCCGUUUAUUUCCGUCUUACCAUCAAUGGCGAUCGGGGAUUCAAACCUCCUAAAUCUUAUGUUGGCCUAUUCAGCUAGCCACCGUGCGAGAUACCUGGAGCAUCCGGAGCCUGCUACUCGUAUCGCGCAUUGGGUGAGUAAUGUAUUUCCUGCAUUGCGUGUAGCACUGGAAGAUCCGCAUGAGAAGGUCACGGACAAUCAUCUUGCCGCGGCCAUCAUGCUCCUCUCCCUGAAGAUUAUUUCACCUAGCACCUUCGAAGUACCCAUUCCCUGGCAAAGCCAUCUUAAACUUGCUAGGAAACUUUUCCUUGCACGCAAAGAGCAAAUGGCGUACCCCGGAAAUCGUAUUGGCGCAUUCCUCGCCCGUUGGCUAGGGUAUAUCGAUAUAAUGGGAACUCUAUCCUGUCGACACACGGAACCACCAUUGUCUGAAUACCAUGAUCUCAUUAAUACGUGUUGUUCACUCGAGGGACUGGACGAAUUCUGCGUCGACUGUUUUACCGGAUUUACCCCCCAAACCGGGCUAUUCUUGACAAGGCUGGGGAAAUUGGUUCAUCAAUGUGACAACGAACGAUUUGACGAAAUGGGCACCUGGAUCUCCGGCUGGAGACCUUCAGCCAAUAUUGUUCUCGAAGCUCAAGAUUUGAUCACCGACCUUGAAUUUCUCCGUGCCCGCGCACAUGCUGGCUCAAAGCAUUUCCAGGAAUCGGGAUCCACCGAUAUUAUAGCCAGCGAUAAAGCAUUUUACUACGCAGGGUUAUUACACCUUCAUCGCCGCGUUCUAGGCACGCCUCCGUUUUCCCCGCCGGCCAAGGAGGCUUUUGACGGGCUUCGGGAUGCCCUAGUAGAAAUAAGGUCUGGGGCGUCCGCUGAGGUUAGCAUUCUUUUCCCAUUGUUUACCGCAGGCUGCGAAGCCCAUGAGCCUGGGCAAAGAAUGGAAUUCCAGGAGCGAUUUGAGGUUCUGGAGAAAACGGGCAUGAAACAGAUCCAGCAUGCUCGCAAGCUAAUGCAGCGUUGUUGUGAUGAGAACAUGCCAUGGAUUGCCUUAGCUCGAGGGGAGUUCCUCGGAUAA